UAUGCUUUAUACCAGCUCUACUCUAGUUGCUAGUCUACAUGUGUUUUUUUUAAUCAGUUUUGUUUUAAAGAUAGUCAGAAACGAGAGCAAACACGUAUUUGCAUGCAAGCUGACGGACUAGCUGUGCUUUAGCUGGAUUCCUAAAACGAGUUAAUCAAGUUGAACAGAAUAUGGUUUAAAUACAAUGCACUACCUUUGCACUGUCAUUAGUCAUCCUAACGCCUAGAGUCUAAAGUCUAGAGCAGUUUUAAUCAAUUAGAUCAGCAAGGACAGCAAAGCUCAACUUUUUUCUUUUCUGUUUUUUUCUUCUUGUUAUUUCUUUUCAUUUUUGUAAACUGGUCAAUUUUUUAAAUUGAUCCAGUGAUCAAUUACUAACGUGAUGUGUUGAUUAACUUGAAUUUCUUCACCUUCACUUCAAGUGGAAAUACAGUUGCCGUGAGGAGAGCUGAGCAUAACAAUUCAGUCAUGAUAUACAUUCGAAGAGAAAAAUUGAGAUUCGUUUUCAUGGUGGCUGCCCUCUUAAUAUCCAUAAGCCUUGUCCUCAGACUCCUGCAGAAGAAUCCUGAAUUAACAUUAUCAAAUUUAGUAGAAAGGUCAGUGGGGGGAGCAGCUUCUUUACAACUGAAAACUGAUAAUCACAAAGAUGAUGGUCCUAAAGGCAAAUGUGGCCUCCCAAAACCAUGUCCUGGAAAUGAUUAUACAUUUAAGAUUUACAGUGGCGCAACAAACAUCAUUGGACCACAAAUAUGCUUUGAGGGGGAAAUGAUAAUAGAGAAAGACAGACGAGGAAACCGACGAGGAAUUAACAUUGCUGUUAUCAAUGAAAUAACAGGUGAACAUGUCAACACUGGCAGCUUCAAUAUGUGGAAUGGAAAGGUUGAGGAGCUGAUAGAGUUUCUGAAGUCAAUCGAGGAUGGUUCUCUUGUGUUGAUCGCCACUUUUGAUGAUCCAGCCACAAAACUUAAUGAUGAAGCAAGGACACUUAUUGCAGAGCUUGGCAGUUCAUAUAUUUCCCAGUUGAAAUUCAGAGAUAACUGGCUCUUUGUGGGAGGGAAGAAAACCAUAACUCAAGUCACUUUUGAGCAGCACAUAAAGAAUGACAGGGACACCAAUAAGUACGAAAGCUGGCCAGAAAUGAUUGAGAUGGACGGUUGCAUACCUCGAAUAGACUGAUUUUUCCUACAGCACAAUUUGUUCUGCCAAAUAAUGUCUUUUAAAUUAGACAUCACAUGAUGUUUUUGCAUCUACAGUAAUACAACAAGCUGAGCCACAAUGCAUUUGCGAUGUGUUUCAUGAUACCUCAGACUGUCCUAAAUAAAGUGUUAUUAAUAGUCUAUUUGUUUACUGUUGUGGACAUACGAUUCUGUUAAUAUUUCUGAGACCAUGUCACUAUUUCAACUGUGGAAUUGAAACCUCUUAUAAUAGAGGUUAUCCUGGACUUAUAUAACAUACUAUUAAUAAAUCUUUUUAAUUUUGA